AUGAGAGAUGAAAGUGAGUCACCAAAUUUGCCUCAGCCGAAGGAAGAUAAUGAAGAUGUUAUUGCAAGGAUGAAACGAUUAUUUCUUGUCGACCGAAGCGAAGAAUCAGCAGUGGAAACAUUAGAAAAGUUAUUAGCCUUGCAAAUACAAAGCAUUGAUAUAGCGCAUUCAAAUGUUAUUGUUCUAUGGAAAGAAUGGGGAAACAAAUUAAAUGAAUUAUUCUGCAGUUACUCUAAUAGAUCACAUUGUUCUCAAGGAGUAAGUGAAAAGUCUUUGGAAUACUACACUUUUGUACGGUAUAGAGUGUUACCAACAACUUUUUGUUCUCUGUGUACAUUAUGUCGCACUUUGUCUCCAGAAGAGAAUUUGCGUUACAUAGAUAUUUAUUUCUUAGCAGGUGAGCCGGUUUUGAUCAGAAAUAUCGUACGUUGUAAGAAGCACGCACAGAGGUCUCUAGAAAAGGAGCUACAAACUUUGCAAUGA